AUGAGCAUUUUGGGUGAGCUAAAGGAGUUUCUCGGAAUUAGAAUUAGACGAAAUAGAGACAAACGUGCAUUAGAACUGUCUCAAGAAAAGUGCAUCGAGAAACUUUUUGAGAAAUACGGGUUCAGCGAAGCAUAUCCACAAAGAUCGCCAAUGGCAACAAUGCAAGUUGAAAAUUGGGCAAGAAAGAUGCGAGAAUGUGUUUAUGACGGAGAGGUUCAAGACUUAGACAAAACAGAACUAAAUGCUCCUUACAGAGAGGUGGUAGGAUGUUUGUUGUACUUGGCGGGUGCGACGAGACCAGACAUCAACUACGCAGUAAAUUUUUUGAGCAGGCAUCAGGUAAAACCCACGGAACAUGAGUGGGCAAUGGCUAAGAGAGUUUUGAGGUACCUUAAAAGGAGAAAACAUAUUUCUCUGAGAUAUACGGGCGCAGAAAAUGAUAUUCAAGGGUACUCAGAUGCCAGUUUCUCAGACUGCAAGGGCUCCUUGACCACGAGUGGUUAUAUUGUAAAAUUGUUCGGAGAUGUAUUGGCAUGA